CGAAAUUCCAGUCCGCGACUGCGACUGCUAGUGCGUCUGGUUCUUCACCCCAACCUAUUCCUCCGCCCCCGGCGCACGUUAGACCAAACCAAAGCAAGAUCUCACCACACAAGUCCCCAUCCUCUGAACCCCACCCAUCUCCCAUCUCCACCGCCCCCAACCCCAUCUUCCCCUGAGAAGGGUGGCCUGAACACACACCCUUCCAUCUCACCACCUCCCCCGCCGCCUCCAUGCUACACCCCACCACCCACAACCGGCGCAACUUAGCAUCAGGUCCAGCCCCGAAGACGCCCAUGGAUCCCACGGAGAGAAAGCAGCCCAAAGGUGCCCCCUCUGCCACGAUGGCAUCCACCACCAAACCCCACCACCAUCACCACCACAACCCAGAUCCUACUAUUGUCUCCUCGGCCCUCCACACUGUGUCCAAGCACUUCUCCAAGCUGUAUACACAUCAGCAGAAGCCCUCAAACAAGCCAUCAAAUGCCCCUUCAAGAACUUGUGCUGACACCCAUCUGCACGCCAAAGGCAUGGCUGUUUCUGCAAUUGAAGACACCUCUUGUAAGUCCACCACCAAAUUGGUCUCCCACCAUAGGAGAGCUGUUGCAGAGAUGGAGAAGGAUAGGCUAAGACUUGCAGUUACAGGGGCUAUUGACAACAAGUAUCCAAAGGUAUAUAAAUCAGAUAAGACCAAAAAACCAUCAAAGAAAGAAAGGGCAAAGAAGGAGUCUAAUUCUCAUCAAGGUUGUGACGUUAAGAGAGCAUCUAUUUCACUCUCAAGGAGUCAGGAAAUUGGACGCAAGGAGGCCGAUGAAGGGGGUGAUGCGAAAAGGCCGUUCUUUUCUCUGGCAGUUGCUGGUGGGAGAAGGAGGUCCUUCUGCAACUCUCAAGCCGAGUUGGCAGAUUUCUUCAGCUGCUCUGGUGUGAAAGUAGUCUCUGUUGAUAUGCCUCCAUUUAUGCAAGCCCAUGCUGUGGAUUGUGCAAGAAAAGCCCAUGAUAGCAUGGAAAAGUUCACUUCCAAGGCCCUUGCUUUCACUCUCAAAAAGGAAUUUGAUGGGGUUUAUGGACCAGCCUGGCACUGUAUUGUGGGGACUAGUUUUGGGUCUUUUGUGACACAUUCAGUAGGUGGAUUCCUGUAUUUCUCAAUGGAUCACAAGCACUAUAUCCUGUUGUUUAAAACCACUGUACAGAGAGCAGAUUAAAGCUGAGGUCUAGCAUAAGCUUUUUAGUAUAGGGAAAAUUCAUGGAAUGCUCAGAAGGAAGCCUCAGGGAGCUGGUGUUGUCUCCUUUGUAGUAGCUUGUACAUUGAUUUUGCUCAGAAAGGCAUUAUGGGCAAAUGUUCUCUCCUCUUCUUUCUGUUCAACUGUUCUAUACUGUCAGAAGACCCUCUUUUAGGUGGUCUCAACUUUAAGAUUCUAGACUCUAAUUAUUGGGGUUUUCAAGCUGUAGAACAUAAUUCACUCGGCCACUUGCUGGCUAGAUUAUCAUUCUAUUGUGUUUCAAUCCAACAUGAUUUCAGUGUC